UGGUUUCAGUCCUGCGAGCAGUUCAGACCCAGGGCUCAACAGUGGUCCAAAGUCACGUUCAUCCAACUGCACCCAUGACUUCAACCCAAGGACAGCAGCAGUUUCAGCGACUGAAGGUUGAAGAUGCCUUGUCUUAUCUGGAUCAAGUGAAGCGGAAGUUUGGGAAUCAGCCACAAGUUUAUAAUGAUUUCCUUGAUAUUAUGAAGGAGUUUAAGUCACAGAGCAUAGACACUCCUGGAGUCAUCAACCGCGUGUCCCAGCUUUUCAAAGGCCACCCAGACCUCAUUAUGGGCUUUAACACUUUCUUGCCGCCCAGGUAUAAGAUUGAGGUUCAAACAAACGAUCUAGUCAAUGUGACCACGCCAGGUCAGAUCCACUGCAUCACCUGCAAGUGGAGGAACCAGCUAGCCUUCAAGCCACACCCAGCACCAGAGUCUGCCACAGGCUGGCCCGCACACUACUACCACCACUAACACACCCAUGCCAACACAACCUGCUCCAAAUAAAACCAGUAAGCUCCAGAACAGACCUCAGCAAUGGCAGCAGGAGUGAUUUUGACAACUGUCAGCAUAUUUCUUCAAAACAUCUUCCUUUACUGAACCUGCUGCUAGAUGAUGAUCUGUAAUAACACGUAGCACUACAUUUGUCUGUUUGAGAUGUUUUUGCUUGCAUCCUGUCAGCUUUAUACUACUUCCACUUUCUUCUUUCCAUCAUGCAUGUACCCUUAAUCUUUAUCUUAAUUAAAAUGGCAUCCAAGCCUGGCUAAAACAAGCUAAAAAAAAAAAAGAAAAGACAAGGAUGAUGCUAGCAUGAGUAUGGUGGCAGGGUGGAAUGUAUCUAAGUAUAUUUAUUCAAGUGCCGUACUAUAGAGGCAUAAUAUGUGGCAAUUGCUGUUUGCUGUUCGAAAACAACCCAGUCAAAUUUGGCAAAGUUUGAAGUACUUGUUCUCUACCUGAGUAUUUCCACUUUAUUAACUUUAUAUUUGUACUCCACUAUAUUUUAGAGUCAAAUAUUGUACUUUUUACACCACCACAUUCUGUGGUGGUGCUGAAAUUUGCAAGUUAAAAGAUGCUUCUGUAUGGGUUGAGAAACUUAUGUAUUUAUGCUAAAUAAAGUAUUUUGAAUUAGA